AUGGUGUGGGCUGCAAACGGAGAUCGUUUGGUCCAAGACAACGCCACGCUUGGACACACAUCCACCGGAGAUCUUAUGUUGAAUGACACAGACGGUACUCUUGUCUGGUCUACAAAUGCAUUCACAACUGGCUUUCAAGCGAUGGUAAUGGAAGAAUCGGGGAAUCUGGUGCUCCUCAACGGCUCAAAUGGAACGAUGUGGCAGUCUUUCGACCAUCCAACUGAUACGUUGCUAUUAGGUCAGAAGUUGAAGGUGAGACAGAAGCUUACUGCAUACAUUUCUCCAACCAACACAAGCAAAGGUUUUUUUCAUAGAUCUUUGAUCUUAGAAGGUUUUGCUUUAUUUAACGCUACUAUCCCACCUCAAAUGUAUUUUAUAUAUCCUUGGCCGGCUACAGCUGUGAACUUUUCCUUCGUACGAUUUGACAACAAUUUGCUCUUAUAUUAUUCUGAAGGAUCUCCAGCCAAUCCUGUUGCAUUCAGUGUUUCCAUACCUCGUGAUUCCCUCUACUUAAAGAUUUAUUAUGAUGGGUAUUUGAAAUUUUACUCUUUGCAAGAAAAAGUUGGACGAGUUGAUUUUGACAAGUAUACCAGUGUGCUGAGAAGGUGUGAGUAUUCAACAGCAUGUGGGGAGUAUGCUAUUUGCACAGGUAGUCAGUGCGAAUGUCCAGGGAAAGACAACUACUUUUUGCUCAAUCCCAGUUCGGGUUGUACUCCAUACAAUCCACUCGUUUGUUCACAGACACCCACAGGGAGUAGUAGGACAUCACGUUAUUCCUUUCUGGAGCUGGAGCAUGUUUCGUAUUUUAGUUAUAUGUGGGAAAAACCCUCUAUUGUAGAGUUGGUCACAGGAGAUUACUUUGCCCUUUUUCUGUUAUUGUGGGUAUUAUUUUAUAAAUUGGGAAAGGGUAUGCAAGAGGAGCAAAACGAAGAAGAUUUAGACUUUCCGGCUGGCUUACCUGUGAGGUACUCAUUCCAGGAAUUGCAAAAGGCUACAAAUGAUUUCAGCAUGAGGCUGGACAGUGGAGGAUACGGUUCGAUUUAA